AUGACGAAGGAAAACCUGCUGAACACUCUGGAGGAUUUGAGAGAGAAGGAAUUUGAGGAUUUCAAGUGGUUCCUAAAGGGUGAAAGUCACCAAGCCAUCAAAGCAUCCCGGCUGGAGAAUGCAGAGAGACGAGACACUGUGGAUCUGAUGGUGCAGACAUACCAACUUCCUGGAGCUGUGGAGGUGACCAAGAAGCUUUUAAAGACGAUAAACAGGAAUGAUCUGCUGCAGAGUUUAUCAGACAGCAGCUCAGGACCAGAAGGUCAGUCACAGGAAGACAGAAACAUGAUGUCACUGCAGGGUGAGAGCUGUCACACAGACGUGAUUGUUCCAGUACCAGAACCACAACCCAUCUCACAUUACCAAGACAACCUUCAGUCAAACCUCCAGGAUACAUUUAUGUGCCUUCAAGAGGGGUGGGCACAGAAGAAGGAUGAGCAACGCCUGGAUGAUAUCUACACAGAGCUGUACAUCACAGCUGGGGGUGAUGUAUACAUCAACACACAGCAUGAGGUCAGACAGAUUGAGACAGCAAGGAAGUCAGCAGACACAGUUAAGCUCAGUGACAUUUUUAAAAUCCGCUCUGGAAGAUAUAAACCUAUCAGAACAGUUCUGACCAAUGGAAUUGCAGGAAUUGGCAAAACAUUCCUUGUGCACAAGUUUGUGUUGGACUGGGCCGAAGGACGAACCAAUCAAGAUGUGCAUCUCAUUUUCCCCUUCACCUUCCGUCAGCUGAAUUUACUGAAGGGACAAAAGUUUAGAUUGGCAGAGCUCAUUCAUCAAUGCAUCAGGGAGACCAGAGACAUCAAGGAGGAGGCUCUAAAUCACAUCUUUACAACUCUGCAGUCAUCAGGAAACACCAACUUCGACAAGAGUUCUUUCAAACUACUGUUUGUGUUUGAUGGACUGGAUGAGAGCCGCCUUCAAUUGGACUUUAAUGUCAAUGACAUUGUCAAUCUUGAUGUAACAAAGUCAACUGAUGUGGAAGUCCUGCUGAGGCAACUCAUCAACAGAAAAGAGUUAAGCUCAGCUCGCAUCUGGAUAACCACACGACCUGCGGCAGCCAAUCAGAUCCCUCAAGACUUUGUCGACAGCAUGACAGAGGUCAGAGGGUUCACUGACCCACAGAAGGAGGAGUACUUCAGGAAGAGAUUCAGAGAGGAGGAGCAGGCCAGAACCAUCAUCUCCCACAUCAAGAUAUCCCGAAGCCUCCACAUCAUGUGCCACAUCCCAGUCUUCUGCUGGAUCACUGCUACAGUUCUGGAGGAUGUGUUGAGCAGAGAGGGAGGAGAGCUGCCCAAGACCCUGACUGAGAUGUACACAGAAUUCCUGGUGUUCCAGAUUGAUCGAACGAAAGAAAAAUAUGGCCCAGACAAAUGCUUGCAGUACAUUAAGUCAUUAGCAAAACUGGCUUUCCACCAGUUGGAAAAGGGCAACUUGAUCUUCUACGAGAAAGACCUGAUAGAGAGUGGCAUUGAUGUCAGUGGAGCCUCGGUGUGCUCAGGAGUGUUCACACAGAUCUUUAAAGAGGAACGUGGGAAGAAAAAUGAUGAAAAGAUGUUCAGCUUUGUCCAUCUGAGCAUUCAGGAGUUUCUGGCAGCUUUCUAUGUAGAGAGGUCUCUCAUUAACAGAAACAAGAAUGUCAUGUCUGAGCCAGUGCAAACUUGUGCAAAACAUGUACAAAUGGUUUUCUGCAAACCAUCUGUGAGAAAGCUCCACAGGUUUGCUAUUGACAAGGCCUUAACGAGUCCAAAUGGACACCUGGACUUGUUCCUCCGCUUCCUCCUGGGUCUUUCACUGCAGACCAAUCAGAAUCUCCUACGAGGCCUGCUAAAAAAGAAAAGAAGCUCACAGACGAGUCAGAAAACAGUUAAGUACAUCAAGGAGAAGAUCAGUGACAAUCUGUCUGCAGAGAGAAGCAUCAAUCUGUUCCACUGUCUGAAUGAACUGAAUGAUCGUUCUCUAGUGGAGGAGAUCCAACAGUCCCUGAGAUCAGGAAGUCUCUCCACAGAUAAACUGUCUCCUGCUCAGUGGUCAGCUCUGGUCUUCAUCUUACUGUCAUCAGAAGAAGAUAUGGACGUGUUUGAUCUGAAGAAAUACUCUGCUUCAGAGGAGGCUCUUCUGAGGCUGCUGCAAGUGGUCAAAGCCUCCAACAAAGCUCUGUUGAGUGACUGUAACCUCUCAGAGAGAAGCUGUGCAGCUCUGUCUUCAGUUCUCAGCUCCCAGUCCUCUAGUCUGAGAGAUCUGGACCUGAGUAACAACGACCUGCAGGAUUCAGGAAUGAAGCUGCUCUCAUCUGGACUGGAGAAUCCACACUGUACACUGGAGACCCUCAGGUUGUCAGGAUGUCUGAUCACAGAGGAAGGCUGUGCUUCUCUGGCCUCAGCUCUGAGCUCCAACCCCCAUCUGAGAGAGCUGGACCUGAGCUACAAUCAUCCAGGAGACUCAGGAGAGAAGAUUCUGUCUGCUGGACUGGAGGAUCCACACUGGAGACUGGACACUCUCAGACUGGAUCAUGGUGGAGAACAGAGGCUGAAACCUGGUCCGAGGAAGUAUUUCUGUGAACUCACAGUGGACACAAACACAGUCAACCGAAACCUCAAGCUGUCUGACAACAACAGGAAGGUGACACAUGUGACAGAGAAGCAGCCAUAUCCGGAUCAUCCAGAGAGGUUUGACUACUGGGAACAGCUGCUGUGUACAGAAGGUCUGACUGAUCACUGUUACUGGGAGGUCGAGUGGAGUGGAGAGGUUCUUAUAUCAGUGAGUUACAGAGGAAUCAGACGGAAAGGAAACAGCACUCACUGCAGGUUUGGCGCAAAUAAUCAGUCCUGGAGUCUGAGGUGCUCUGUCGGUGGUGGUUACUCUUUCUGGCACAACAACACAAGAACAUACCUCCCUUCCUCCACCUCCACCACAUCUUCCCUCACCUCCUCCUCCUCUGUCUCUAACAGAGUAGCAGUGUAUGUGGACUGUCCUGCUGGCACUCUGUCCUUCUACAGAGUCUCCUCUGACACACUGAUCCACCUCCACACCUUCAACACCACAUUCACUGAACCUCUGUAUGCUGGGUUCUGGUUCUGGUCUGGAUCUUCAGUGUCUUUGUGUUCUCUAUAG